AUGAGUGGGAACUACCUUGAUUCAACAAUUUUGGAAUUGCUUGUAAAUAUCAGCAGCCUUACAUUCAUUGAUCUAAGCUACAACAGCUUAAACAGUAUUCCUCUUGGUCUCAAUCAGCUACCUAAUCUGCAAUACUUGAAACUGUAUAGCAAUGGAAAUCUUACUGGCAAUUGCUCUCAACAAUUGAGGGAAGGUUGGAAAAAGAUAGAGGUCCUCAUUUUGGCUUCAAAUAACUUUCAUGGUAGCAUUCCUGACUCCAUUGGAAGCUUCUGCAACCUAAAAUAUUUGGACUUAGGCCAUAAUAACUUGACAGGAAGUUUACCUCAAUUUCUGGAAGGAAUGGAAAACUGCAGCUCUAAAAGUUAUUUGCCUUACUUGACUAAUUUGAUCCUGCCCAACAAUCAAUUAGUUGGCAAAUUAGCAGAAUGGUUGGGACUGCUUGAAAAUCUCGUGGAACUAGACCUGUCAUCUAACAAGUUUGAAAGCCUUAUGCAUACACUUUGAAAGUAAGUUUGAAGAAGAAGGGCAGCAACCUAUACCAGAAGUCAUGGAAGACAACAAUAAAUUUUACUUGUAAAGCUAUAUAUGCAUACACUUUGAAAGUAAAUUUGAUCGUUUUCACAUACUGGGAUGCCAACUUUAGUCAUUUUCCAUGCAUGAG